ACCAUGUGGCUGGAAAAGAAACACAUCUAUACUGACUUCUGGUGUUGGCAAACUCCAAGUCAAUCAAGAGUGCCAAUAGACGUCAAUGCACAUGAAUGUGAAAAAAUGCGUGAUUCCCGAUUGUGCCAUGGCAAAAACAUGGACUACUUAGGUAACAAUAAGUGGUCGUUCGAACGUAUUCCAAAUGUGCAGGGUAGCUGGCUUCAAGUCACAGCUGAUCAGCUGAUCAACUGUCGAUUAGAAGAAGUUACUUUAGAAACUGAGUGCGCUAACUGUACGAUAAGUUCACCCAUUGGCGAUAUACCGGGAGGGAUCAACGGAUCCGUGUCUCACAACCUAGUGACCAUUGUCUGGAAAGCAUCGUUAAGAGAAGUUCAACAGUGCAAACUAAGGCUUGUGGAAACAGGUAUCGCUCAACGUUACCUGACUUACAACAGUGAAAUAGAAAGAAUUCGUGGCGUCGAACAACAACAAUUUGACUUUGGUUAUAAUACAACUAACAAGAAAUAUUGUAAUUCAUCAGAAAAAAGUUACAAACAAGUAAUCGGAAUGGACAAAGUUAUUUUACGUUUACAUUCUUUAACUGAUACCAAUGCUCAUCCGAGUAAACCACUGGAAGAAGACAUCGAAAAUAUUGCUGACAUUAUCCGGGCUGAAAUCAGCGGAGUGGCACAUUCUCAAUACGCACGAGACCGAACUACCGAUGGAAUAAAUGAAGUGGCUCCAGAAAUUCGAGCUCUACAAUGUGAAAAUCGGGUACUGGCACACAAAACUGCUAUCGCCACCGCACAACACAGUGGAUGGCUUGUUGCCAGUUACCUUAAUUUACCCACAUGUAGCAAAUUGAUAGCCACUGGUGAAUCGAUCAGCGUCUAUCAAUGCUCCCCGAAAAAUUCAAAGAUCACCACUGAAAUCACAAGCUGUGGUCCUCAACCCAAACUCGGCGACUACACUUUAGACACUGAAGGAUGGGAACUGACGCCUUACACCCCCUGUUACUGGCAAAAAAAUUUCGUCAACUUUAACGGCCGAGCACAUUUCUACAAAAACAGUUCUUGGCAUCCAGUCGUCCCCGGUGUAAUAAUCCAAGGAGAUAGUUUGAUCGACACUUUGCUGUAUGAAAUUGAUAAGCUACUCGCACUAAGUUUACACCCCGCGCUAACCCCCCACCCGAUGAGCACUGCAGCUUCCAUCGCCGAGAUAAUUGCUGAUGCUAAAGAAGAACAUAGCAUCGACCUUGGAAAUUCUUUUCACAUUAAAUUCAAAUUCAGUAACUAUCAUAUUGAAGCUGAUAUUAAGCGUGUCAACAACAUGGAAUGCAAAGCUUGUGGCACAGAUCCUUUGGCAUGCCAUUGUGAUGCAAAUAUGAAAUGCUACAGGCUUGAAUCAGCAAACGACCACGGUAGCAUUCCUUUAUUUGAAGGCAUUGCUAUUGCCAGAGAUGAAGAAGUCAACGAAUUUAUUGCAGAUGUAAAUUCUGAGAUUCCUAUACUUAAAGGUCAUGGAACUUGUGGAUCGUCAACUUUUAAAGCUGGCAAGACUGACUCUACGUACUACAAAGGACUUGAUGAGACAGGAAUCGUUUCACUCUGCUGCAGACAUGGAGUAAUGCUAAAAGUAUCCAAUAUGUAUCAAGGAGAAACUUACCGCCUGAUUGCAUUCUUCCAUUCAUUUGCCUUGAAACUAGGAAUCUUAUUUUUCUGUUACGAUGGCAUCUGUCGUUAUUGGAAAUUCGGGGUGUUACUAAGACUUGGACAGUCCAAAAUGGACUACUAA